AGCCGGGAUGAGGGCGCCCGGGCUGCUGCCGCCCGCGCUGCUGACCUGCUGCUGGCUGCUCGCCCCGGUGAACAGUGUUCACCCAGAAUGCCGAUUUCAUCUGGAAAUACAGGAGGAAGAAACAAAAUGUGCAGAGCUUCUAAGGGCUGAAUCAGAGAAAUACAAAGACUGCAGUGGAGUCUGGGACAACCUCACGUGCUGGCGCCCUGCAGAUGUAGGCGAGACCGUCACAGUGCCCUGUCCAAAAGUGUUCAGCAAUUUUUACAGCAAACCAGGAAACAUAAGCAAAAACUGCACGAGUGAUGGAUGGUCGGAGAUGUUUCCUGAUUUCAUAGACGCGUGCGGCUAUAACGACCCCGAGGACGAGAGCAAGAUCACAUUCUAUGUUCUGGUGAAGGCCAUUUAUACGCUCGGCUACAGUGUCUCUCUGACUUCCCUUACAACCGGAAGCAUAAUCCUUUGCCUCUUCAGGAAGCUGCACUGCACCCGGAACUACAUCCACCUGAAUCUGUUCCUCUCCUUCAUCCUGCGAGCCAUCUCGGUGCUGGUCAAGGAUGACGUCCUGUACUCCAGCUCUGGCACACUGCACUGCCCCGACCAGCCGUCCUCCUGGGUGGGCUGCAAGCUGAGCCUGGUGCUCUUCCAGUACUGCAUCAUGGCCAACUUCUACUGGCUCCUGGUGGAAGGGCUGUACCUCCACACCCUCCUGGUGGCCAUAUUCUCCCCCAGCCGACGCUUCGUGGCCUAUCUCCUGAUUGGAUGGGGCAUCCCCACAGUCUGCAUCGGGGCAUGGACUGCGGCCAGGCUCUCCCUGGAAGACACGGGUUGCUGGGACACCAACGACCACAGUGUUCCCUGGUGGGUCAUCCGAACACCAAUCCUAAUUUCUAUCAUAGUCAAUUUUGUCCUUUUCGUGAGUAUUAUACGAAUUCUCCUGCAGAAGUUGACAACCCCAGAUGUCGGCGGCAAUGACCAGUCACAGUAUAAGCGGCUGACCAAGUCCACCCUGCUGCUCAUCCCGCUGUUCGGAGUCCACUACAUGGUGUUCGCCGUCUUUCCCAUUGGCAUCUCCUCCAAAUACCAGAUACUGUUCGAACUGUGCCUCGGAUCGUUCCAGGGCCUGGUGGUGGCCGUCCUCUACUGCUUUCUCAACAGUGAAGUGCAGAGCGAGCUGAGAAGAAAAUGGAGAAGCCUGUGCCCCAGCCAGCCCUCUGGCAGGGACUACAGGCUCCACAGCUCCUCCCUCUCGAGGAAUGGCUCGGAGAGCGCCCUGCAGUUCCACCGAGGUUCCUGUGCCCCAUCUGCCCUGCAGACGGAGACCUCGGUCAUCUAG